AUGGCUGUUCGUUUUUCUGAUAAUUUUAGGUUAACACGAUGCAAGCAUUUCGAGAAAGCCACAAUUAUCGACCCAAAAAUUGAGUUUCUUUAUGUAAAGUGCAAUAAACAGAACAACAGGAAAUUGGUCUACUCGAAUGUUCACUUCCUUUUGCCCGAACGGAAACGGCUUCGUAAAAAUCUGGAUAGAGUGAAAGGUGAUGAAAAACAAAAGCGGAUAAGUGUUUUGGUAUUAGGCAUUGACAGCAUUUCAAGGAUUAACUUCUACAGGAUGAUGCCACAGACCGCCAAAUACGUUAACGAAAUGGGUUGGUUCGAACUAUAUGGAUACAAUAAGGUAGGAAUCAACACAUUUCCAAAUGUGCUGGCCAUGUUAGCUGGAAUAAGUAUUGAGUAUAAAGGCGACAAUGGAACUAUCAAACCAGAUGACCCAGAAACUAAGUGCGACCCCCAUGAUUUCUUUGACAGCUGCCCGUUUAUAUGGAAAAAUUUUCGAAAAGCAGGAUAUGUGACAGCUUACGGUGAGGACAAGCCAGAAUACAGCACUUUCAACUAUGAAAAAAAAGGAUUCCAACAUUCGCCAACUGAUUACUACCUCAGACCAUUCUUGGUGGCUGCCAAGAGUCUACUUAAAGUAAGACACCCAAAUAUCGCCAUGCAUUGUGUAGGCUUCAUGAAUGAAGCGGAACUGGUCUACGAUUACGGGUUGGAAUUCAUUGAACAUCAUCGAGACGAUCCAUACUUUGGUAUCUUCUGGGUAAACAGCUUUAGCCACAACUACUUCCAUACGCCACAGGCAAUGGACACGAAGAUAUUGGACUACUUGCAGCAGUUCGGCCAAAAGGGGGUGUUCAACAAGAGCAUCGUUCUAUUUUUGAGCGAUCAUGGCAUCCGAUUUGGACCCUACAGGAGAUCAAAUCAAGCUUACAUAGAAGAACGAUUACCAUUCUUCUUUAUAUGGCUUCCACCUUGGCUGAAAGCCCAGCAUCCGGAGUUGGAGGACGCUUUGACCAUAAACAAACAUCGGCUUGCUACCCCUCUAGACGUCCAUCAGACUCUGAAGCACAUUAUGAUUUUAUCUGGGGAGAGUGAGCAUUUGGACUCAGCUACCGUUGAAGACGAAGGGAGCCAGACACUGUUCAAACCACUGCCGCCCAAUCGAUCAUGCCGGGACGCUCGAAUACCCGACUUUUACUGCGCUUGUAGAGACCUAAUUGUCAGUGUAGAGGUCCCAACUGAGGAUUUGGAGACGUUUGUACAAUUGAUUCAGAAGUCCGAAAAAAUACAGGUAGAGGCAGUCACGAAAGUUAACCAAAUUACUUUGGACUCUGAAACGGACGAUGAAGGUGCUGAAUUAUAUAUUCUAACUGUCAAGGAUAAGAAGUACGACUAUGAAGCCGCAAUUCGUAAGGAGUACUCAACAAAUCGUACAGUUCUGGAAUAUUUCUACCUAAUAAGUUGCCUUACAUGUAAAUCUGAAUAA